UCACUUACUUGCAAUGGCCUCCCUAAGAGAAGGUACACGGCACCGGGUACAAGCAGGGUGGGUGCGCUGCAGUAAAACUACCAGUGCCCAUGACUCCUUCGAUGACACGGGCCAGUCCCCAGGCCCCUUCUGCGCCUCCCUGCGGGAUCCCCAAGCUCUCCUUCCCACCCCGCAGCCCCGCCCCCUUCCCGACCUCCCAACUCCGAGUCCAUUCAAACCUCGCUGCCUUCGCCUGGCGUUGCCAAGCGUGUUAAUUGGGGAAACUCCUCCCCGCCGCGGCUGGCGGGCACCACCGAGGCAACUGCGACCUCCUGCCACGUUUCGGAGCGCAGCUGCCCCAGCGCAGAACCCGGAGCGGGCCCGGGUGGUGGGCGGCUCGGGCUGCGGGAGGAGGGCGCCCGGCCACCUGCUGCCCCCCCCUCCCCGCGCUGAUCGCUCCCGAGAGCGGACGCACCCCAGCUCCUGUGCGCCCAGCAGAGCCGGACCGUCGGGGGCGCGGCUCAAGAGCAGACACCUGUCCCUCCCGGUCCGCAGAACCCUGGACGCUGCAGCCCGUGGUAUUCUAGUAGGCGCCGGAGCAAGUGGAGACCAAGCCCCUCAGAGGCCUCGGACCCGCGCCGGGAGAGCCAUGGCUGCAAAACUACUGCUUCUCCUUUGCCUGUUCUCGGGCUUGCAUGCUCGGUCCAGGAGGGUGGAAGAGGAUGAGAAUGAAGACUCUCCAUCAAACCAGAAGUGGGUCUUGGCACCCAAAUCACAAGACACCGAUGUGACACUGAUUCUCAACAAAUUGCUGAGAGAAUAUGACAAAAAGCUGAGACCGGACAUUGGAAUAAAACCAACUGUGAUCGAUGUGGACAUUUAUGUUAACAGCAUUGGUCCUGUGUCAUCCAUAAACAUGGAGUACCAAAUUGAUAUAUUUUUUGCUCAAACCUGGACAGACAGUCGCCUUCGAUUCAACAGCACAAUGAAAAUACUUACUCUAAACAGCAACAUGGUGGGCUUGAUAUGGAUCCCAGACACCAUCUUCCGAAACUCUAAAACAGCAGAGGCUCACUGGAUCACCACACCCAACCAGCUCCUCAGAAUCUGGAAUGAUGGGAAAAUCCUUUACACAUUAAGGCUCACCAUCAAUGCAGAGUGCCAGCUGCAACUGCAUAACUUCCCCAUGGAUGCACAUGCCUGCCCCUUAACCUUCUCUAGCUAUGGCUACCCCAAAGAAGAAAUGAUUUAUCGUUGGAGGAAAAAUUCAGUUGAGGCAGCUGAUCAGAAAUCAUGGCGGCUCUAUCAGUUUGACUUCAUGGGCCUCAGAAACACUACAGAAAUCGUGACAACAUCUGCAGGUGACUAUGUUGUCAUGACUAUCUAUUUUGAGCUGAGUAGAAGAAUGGGGUACUUCACUAUCCAGACGUAUAUCCCCUGCAUACUGACUGUGGUUCUGUCCUGGGUGUCAUUUUGGAUCAAAAAAGAUGCAACACCAGCAAGAACAACAUUAGGCAUCACCACGGUGCUAACCAUGACCACACUCAGCACCAUUGCCAGGAAGUCCCUGCCUCGGGUGUCCUAUGUCACUGCCAUGGACCUCUUUGUGACUGUGUGCUUCUUGUUUGUCUUUGCCGCACUGAUGGAGUAUGCUACCCUCAACUACUAUUCAAGCUGUCGAAAGCCAACCAUCAGGAAGAAGAAAACAUCGUUAUUACAUCCGGAUUCCACAAGAUGGAUUCCUGAUCGAAUAAGCCUUCAAGCACCCUCUAAUUAUUCUCUCCUGGAUAUGAGGCCCCCACCACCUGUGAUGAUCACAUUAAACAAUUCCAUGUACUGGCAGGAAUUUGAGGACACCUGUGUCUAUGAGUGUCUGGAUGGCAAAGACUGCCAGAGCUUCUUCUGCUGCUAUGAGGAGUGCAAGUCUGGCUCCUGGAGGAGAGGCCGCAUCCACAUUGAUGUCUCUGAGCUGGACUCCUACUCUCGGGUCUUCUUCCCCACGUCCUUCCUGCUGUUCAACCUGGUCUAUUGGGUUGGAUACCUAUAUCUUUAAGUGCUGCUCUGAAGGAUGGCUGAAGAGUACUUGAUUCAUGUUUUUCCUUCCACUGUUCCCAGACAAGUAGUGACCAACCAAAAUGUAGCAGGAAAGGACACUACUCCAGUUUGUUGUGUUACCUUUCAGCAGCAUGGGAAGUACUGGAAAGUAUUCCUUAUAAAUAUUUCACUCACAUACACUCACAUGUGCACACACACACACACAAAGACACACACAGAGAGGAAUUGCAUCUUCAAGUGAUAUUCUUGCUAAUCCCUUCUUCAACCAGUAGUUUGAUAUUUAUGAAUGGCCUUGGAUACAGAAGCUGCCAGUUACCAUGCAAUGAAACCUGUGAAAGAUGCAACCAAAUAUCCAGAAGUUGUCUUGGACCCUCCCCAUUAUGUAUCUUUUCUUUGCAUCCCUUGGUACCAGUGCAUACAGGAUCUACCUUGGUGGAGAUACAAUCAUGGUGACCUCUCUCUGAGAUCCAGCUUAAAGUGCAGUCAGCUUUGGUCCCUUCUGUGAGGCCUGUUUGCUCAGACACUGUGGUCCUAAGCUAGCCUCCCUCUAACUGGCAUCCUUCCUGCCUGCCUGAGAGGUGUUCCCAUGUAUCCACCACAAGUUUCCAUUUGUGGGGGGAAAAAUGUGAUUUUAAAAAUUUGUUCCUGAGACCAAGACUGCUUUUUUUCUCUAACAAAGCAGUGUCUUUAUUACAGACGGCCAAGCAUCAGCCAUAUUUGUAUCCUGGGCCAGUUGUAUUUGAAUUCAGUAUUUCUCAAAGAGCUGUGAUUUACAAGACCAAGUCUCAGUCUCAGACAAUGAGGAUAGCUUAUAUUAUUGUUAGGGAUUCGGUAACUGUCUUCACCCUGCAAAAACAUGUAAUGUGGGUAGGCCUUUGUUUGGAAACUGCAUUCUACAGUGUAAAAUAACAUAAACAUUCAUGCAUUUAAUCAUGGCCAUUAACUUUAAAGCCAACCAACUUUAGAUGCCAAAAAAAAAAAAAAUGGAUGAUGGUUAUCAUCAAUUACACAUUUUGAUGAACAAAAUUUGUUUUAUACUUUAAAACAUGGAUGUAUAGCAAAAUCCCAAAGAAACACCCCCAAAAUCAAUUCUCUUUUGAUAUUUUUAUAACGCAAAACUAUUUUGCUUCUUCAUAGUAGUGAUUUGCUAUGACCAGAUGCUCUUCUGCACUUCGGGUCCAUGACUCUUUUGAAGCAUCCUCUAUUGGUGAUGCGCACACAUGUCCACUCAUUAGCAGGGUCUUGGCGCUAUUACAGCAUCCGCAGUAGCAUCCUUGUGUGCUUUUCUCCUACAAAGCUGAAUUAAUUUUAUUGAAAGUCAUUCUUUUUUUUCUAUUUCUAUUGCACAUACCAUAUGACUACUUAGAAAAAGUAAAACAUCAGACAAAUAGAAUAUAUCCAAGUGCUGACUUCACACAAUUUAUUAGAUGUAUUUCAGAAAUGAUGAUGGUAUUGAAGAGACCGGCAAAACUGAGACUAGAUACUUUUUGCUAAUUCUUUCUAGUACUAUUGCACACAAAGCAGAUGUGAAAACAGGCACACCUCUCAGUUGUAAGGGUAAUAAUGGCUGUCUGUGUGUGUGUGAUAUUCACUCUUCUCUUUCUGAGUUUCAACUAACAAACUACUAGUUUGAUAGUUACUACAUGAGACUCAAGCCAACUGGCUUCUACUUAGAAAAUUCAAUUUAAAAGAAUGAAAAUAAUAAAUACCCAUAAAGAAUAAGCUGAAAAUAGUGGCUUAAAUGAAAUGUCUCCUCUGUUGAGAGGUUUUGCAUCUAGUGCACUAGUUUCUCUGAAGCUCCUUCCUUUGGCAGGCCCACUCUGGAGGUGCCCACAGCACUGAAGAUAAAGAGCAAGUGACACAUACAAUUGCAGACUCUAUCAGUUCAGAAUUUCUAAUCCGAUAAAGAAUCUCAACCUGUUACAUUUUAAAAGUUCUGGGGAAAACUAAAUUUUCUAGUCAUCUUUUUUUUUCCAAAUAUUAAAACUUGUAAGCAUCUGCUGGAAGGCCUGACUCCCCACUACCUUAGACAAACCCCACAGUUGCCUCUUGUUUCAAAACUUGUCAUUGUCAUUGUCUCUUGCCCAACCUCAGCCAUGCUGAUCAAAAUGUAGAAAGAGCCAACACGCAUGUCAGGAGCCUGCCAAUGCCUGUUUCUCAGUAAAGUUCAAUCGUCUAUGUCAGUCUGAACUCCCAAGAUAGAUCAUUCUAGUACAUGAAACAGGAGAGAUGUCUGCCCAUUGCUCAAGGGCAAAACUAGAGGCUUUGCAAGGUUAAGUUUGAGGAGAGUCUGGUACACUUGGAGGAGAGGGAGAGGUGCACCCCUCCUUAGACACCAGCUCCCCUUAAUCAAGAGGUACAUGGGUGGGGCACACAAACUCAAGCCUCCUCUGAUCUGCCCCAUUCUGCUAGUUCCUUUGUGUGUAGAGCUGGGGAAUGCUUGGGUAGUGGUCUGAACCACCUGCAUUUCAAAGGUGCUACUGUGUUCCUCACUCUUAGAAGCACUCCAGACUGAGGAGACUGAACAAAGAUUCCAGAUUCCCAACCACUGUGGAUUAUACGGAAAACUGUGACUGUCUCUCCUUUAAGCUACAUCCUGAUUGAUGGAGAAAAGCUAAAAAGGUGUUUUAGAAAGUAGUAAAAUUCAAGCAAAAUGCCUCUUCAAAGCCUAGACAGAGUCCCUAGGGUGUCCCAGACACUAGGUGGAGGACAGUGUUAAUAAAUUAACUCUAAAGUCCAGCUAACACUGCCUCCAAUUUGCCCAAAAUAUGCCUUAAAAUAAAACAUAAAGCCCCCAAAUUUUACAUUUUCUGGAAAUUUCCACUUCCUGUAGUCACCCGUAUUUCAUACUAAAUUUUACUGUUUUUUUUAAAUAUACAUGGAUAAAAAUAGGAUUUAAUUUCUUUCUAUGACAACCAAGCAUCUUCAAGUUUGCAUCAGAUAAGAUAAAAUUGCAGAUGUUCAGAGACUCUUCAAACAUGGAAAUGCUUGUCCUUAAUUACAAGCCAUUUUCAUGUGGGAACCUAUGAGUUUAUGUCCAAAGAUCAGCACUAUUCCAUACUGUUUUACCUGGUAAUAUGUUGUUGCAGUUAAAGAUGUUUAGAUGUGUGUUGUAGCCCUACACAAUGCCGCAUCUGGAAACACUGGAAGAAAGCCACCUGAAUAGAAUCCCAUUUCAUAACAAUUGGUCUUGACACAGCUAGGAAGCAGAGGUCCACUCUAUCCAAAGGGCUAGAAAACAAAACAGACAACACCUCUGCCUCCUUGGUCAUUUUUAUCUCACAUACCAAACUGAAAGUUUUAUUUGAAACUUGGAGAAUUGCAACUGGUCCCCGGAUGGUGCACUCCUAUCCUAUCACUUCAGUGCCCUGGAGGCAUCACACUUCUUGAAUCUGUUUGUAGUUUGCCAACAAUUUUUUAGUGUUUUCCUUCUUUUCUUUUAGAGUUAAAAAUCAUGCAGGUUUUCAUUUUAAAAAAUAGUAAAAUGACUAGAGAGAAACAUAGUAUAUAAAUAAGUAUAUAUUGAAAUGUUGAAUUCCAUUUCUACCAAUAGAUUAUUGAUUUAGAACUUUAGAACACAAUUAUAUGGAAAAGUCUUUGGAAAUAGCAAGUCAGGAAACAGAAUGCUAAUACACAGAACAUGUCUUAUUCACAGUUUUCCAUGAGCUCCCUUCAAAUGGCACUAAGUGGUCUGUGAUAUCCAUUGGGUCUAAGACUAUGCAGGACCAGUAUACAAUUCAAGUUCUCUAAACAUGGCCCAAGAACUGAAUGUUAACAAAGCUCAAGACAGAGUGGCCCAUCUCUGAUCCCCCUUCUAUUGUAAACGUGGAUCAAAACACAACAGGGAGAGCAAACGACCUGUAUCUUGAGAUGAUAAGGUGACAGCUAAUACAAACACCUUCCUAGAAUAAGAAUUUGUUUUGUUUUUUAAAUAUAUUACAGUUUUUGAGCCUUGAAGUUAGGAUGUUUCAACGUCCCCCUUUUAAAAUUUCUUCAGUUUAUAAGAUACUAAUCCCAUAAUAAAAGCUUAAUUUAAUUUUGUUAAGGUUAAAAGAGAAGGUGUUUCUAUUCGUUUGCUUCCAAAAUGUCUUCUAGUUGAGUGAUGCUUUUGUUCUAAUAUUGCCUGUAAGACUUCUAAUCUUCUUUGUUCCUUUUCCUAGAAUAAAAUCCCCAUCUUAACACCAGCUUACAUAAAUCAGUGCUAAACUCUGAGUUGAACUCAAGUUGGUCAUUCAAAAGUUUCCCAUGCUUUGAGUUAACAAGGUUUUGUUAGAUUAUGUAAUAUGAACCACACACUCAUACACACACACACACACACACACACACACACACACACUCCACUUCCAAAUUAAGGAAAGGAUGAUUUUUUUCAUGUGAUUGAGGCAAAUGUAAACUGCUUUGCUAGACCUAUUCAGUUAAGCCUCUUUUUUAAGCACUUCAUUUUUCACCUCUGUAAACAUAGUACAAGGUUCUCCCAGCCCAGGGAACAGCUUGCACAGGGUGAUUCAAUAGUAGUUACUAUGUUAAAGGAAGGCCUCUCUGCAAGGUAGUUUAAACUGAAUGGGUAGGGAAGAACAAUUGACUUUCAACAACAAAACCUCCCAAAAUGAGCUAGCUCCUGUUUUGUUUUGUUCCUUUCUAAAUAUUUAAAGAUACUUCUUUGCAUUUCUGCAAACAAGGGCAGUCUGCCACUGUAUCCAUGUAUCUGUAUCUGUGAUUUCAACCACCAUCAAGAAUGUCAACCACGUUUGUCUCUAUACAAAAAAAUGGGCAGGCAUUUCUCCUUGUGAUUAUUUCCCUAAAUAUAAGAGAGUAACAACAGAGGCUGACAUAAAAUGUACAAUGUGUUAAGCAAUGUAAGCCAUCCUGCGGUGGUGGACUGUAUAGAGAAGAAUGCGCACAGUGUCUACACAUAUGAUGCACCACUUUAUUCAAAGGACCUGUGCAUCUGAGGGUUCUGUUAUCCUGAGGGAUCCUGGAACCAACCCCCUGCAAUGUUGGAGAAGUGCCUGUAAUGUUUAUAUUUCCUAUAAAGGACUUAGAUUCUGAUGUCUCCUGGUUGUCCUGCCCACUGAAGUACCAUUUCAAUAAGUAUACAUAAUCAAGCCAAUGUUCAUUUCUUAAAUAUGCAUUUCUUAGAUCAGGUGCUCACAACAUGGCUAUUACAGUCUCUUCUAUACAUCUUAAAAUUAUGGUAUUGUCCCUAGCUUCCAUUCACAAAAGAUAGUUCCCAUUUACCAUUGAUCACUGAUCAUUUUUGAAAACAUAAGACUUUAUAUAAUUUACCCUAAAAUCACACUAUGGAAAAAAAAAAACUUUGACCCUAAUCUGUAGCUUUAUGAACAUUGUGAGAAUCAAUGUGGACGCUUAAGAGGUCAGGCAUGGGCUGAAGUAAGGACAAUGUGGGUCACCUUCUGAUUUCCUCCUCAAACGGGCUGAGUUCUUAAUGAGUCUGCUUCCUGGCACAGCCAGGAGAGUCCUUCUGGUAGGGAUAUGCCUGCACCUACUGAACAAUCUCCCAGGACAGCUGGCUGGAUAGGCAAUCAUAAAUGUCCUUGUCAGUUGUCAUGAGAGCCCAGACUUGCCUACAUUAUUUUCUUAAACAUUAAGCUGUGCCCUGGUUCACAGGAAUUUUCUGGAAAGAUUCUCAGACAUAUUUUAGAAGUCUUCCUACUGUGGAGUUGGUAUUGUCAGGAACACGUGGUGACAGCUUUGAAAUAAUUAGUAUUUACUAAAACAUAUUCUCAUCAAUAAUUUUCCAGGCUUUUAACAGGAAUGAUUCUUACCAAUUCUAAGUUUGUGUGAAGGCCCCCAACACACAGAACCCCACAUUGAGAAGACCUAACUACCCAUCCCUCUGUCUAACCUUGGCAGUCACAGGUAACCAUCAGUUAACUGGCUACAUCAUUGUGUCCUUGCAUUUUCAGCGUUAUCUGGAAAAAUAAAAAUAAAGAACAGAAGAAAGCUAAGAAAUAAAUCAUAUCUUCUUAAGUAACAUUCUCUAUAAUUAAAAGCAGAAAAUGUACAUAACCUUGAUGACUAAACUUUCCAAUGCUUCCACCAGAUAUGAAGGAAGAGUAUGGCAAGACCUCCCUCAUGGUUUUUGUCCAUGAUCUAGUUUGUAGCUUCCAAGGCAGUACAAAGGUUUUGUGUCUUUUAUAAGCUGUGACAAAACGAGGACAUGUAUUUUUAAAAAAUGAUGACAAGCUCUUAAAAAGUUUAAUUGUAAUAUUAGAACAGAGUCCAAAUGUUUUGUUCUUUCCUUGGAAGUCCAUCUGCCCUGGUUCAAGGGCUUCCCAACAUUGGAGGAGUGCAUUCCACCCAGUAUUUAUUUCCUGGUUACUUUUCUUCUUUUCAUUUUUGCCUUAUUGGACACUUUUAGUAAUUUUCUUCUAGAUACAAUUUUGAUUGGCUAAGCACUAUGUUUUUCUAAUGUGGCUACAUCUUCAGAAGCUGUAAGUUUUGUUGCCCAAAGAAACCAUCACUCCAUUUCUCUUCAUAUCUUUGGGUCUAGGAGUUACUGCAGAUCUUGUUGGCAUUUUUUACUAUAGUCUCUCUAAAUAUAUAGUAGUGAAGUGUUUACUAUUGUUUCCCUUUUUUCAGCUUAGAGUAAUGAUGGAAACACCCCCAACCGCACAAUGGCCACUUGUGCUAGUGAGCCAAGUUUACAUACUGACAUAUUUGUGUACAGAUACAUGUUCUCUUUUAAGCAGCUCCUGGACUCAGCAAGGCUUUGUUUGUUUGUGUUUUCCAUGAAAGGCUCUAGAAGAGUGACAAUUUUCAGGGACUGACCUGUAUCUCGUUUGAAGUGAUGGGGUAUCGUGUUUACAUGCAGUGAUGUGUGUUUUUGUGUUUGUAUGUACAACGGUAAAACUGAACAACCUAUCAAUGUGUGCGUUACUCUAUCCACUGCCCCAAAUUUAGUUGAAACACUUAGGAGCACAGCUUCCUAGUGAUAGCAUGUUAGCUUAGUAAGCCUCUGGUUAAGGCAAACAGGAAACUGGGAAGACGGGAAACGGAAGUGAGGGGGCCAGGUAGAGUAAGAGACAAUCAUUGUAUUUCCCCCAAAUAUGGGAUCACAUCCUUUAAGAAACAAAUCAAGAUGAGAUGCCUCAUCAGAAGCUGGUGUGGAGAAGGUGUAAGUACCACCAAGUUACUUGGGUGCCUUGAUUAUCUGUGUACUGUGACCAGGCUUAUCUGAUACCCUGAUAGUACUUCCUGGAGAGUUAUACGGUACACCGGCUUUGCAGUGUUUAUUUGGGAAGCCAGGUUCACAGAUAAACCUAGGUAGAGCCUGGCUUUAACGUUCAGCUACAGAAUAUGCAGGUCCAUUCUGAGAAGUAAAACUUUCAUGGUCCUGGGCCGUGUCCCAGGAAGAAAAGGGUGGAGUUGAUUUUCUAUCUGCCUGGAGCUCUUCCCACCUACACAGCCUAAGGUAGGCUGAUUCCAGAAUCCCACAGCAUUUUGACAUCAGUUCUGAGCAAAUGAGGACUGUCGAGGUCAUUGGCUGGGAGGAGGGUAACCUGUCCUGUCCAAGUGCUGGCCCCUUAGAGAGCUGGGGUCAUGGUCAGUGGCUGGCCUCACACCAGUGAUUUGCAAGAGUCCUGGACGUCCUGCUGUCCUCGAGGGCCCCCUUCCCCAGCAUAAAACGGUGACUCCCCUGUACCCUGCAACUCGUGGUGUCCUAGUGAAGAGAGGGCGCCCUUGUGCCCAACGUGCCUUGGCGACCCCGGCGGCACUGCGCCCUGCCUUGCACGUCGCGACCCCGCCGAGCCCUCAGGGCCAAACCUAGCCAGAAGCCACCUGAGCCUCGUGGCUGGGUCGCCCUCUGUAUUUGUAUUUGGAUUCCUAUGUUUGUACUUCUGAUACAAAUAAAUGCACAUGUU